AUGCAUAAAAGGAAGGAAGAAAAUGCAGAGGAUGUGUGUAUAUAUAUCUACAUGUUCAUAUUCAUUUUCCCAUAUCCAAAAUUUGCUUUUGCUCUUCUUGGAAAGAAAAAGAUGUGGGGAUUAUUUUGGCAUUAUCUAGUCCUCUGCCUCUUCUUCUUGCUCUUCCAUCUUCAAGUUAUUUCUUCAUCCUCUUUUAACUCUUCUUCUCCAUUACAGAAACUCUGCUCUCCUGAACAAAGCUCUGCCCUUCUCCGUUUCAAGAACACUUUUACCAUUAAUGAGUAUUCAAGUUCUUCUAAGACAGAUUCCUGGAAAGAGGGUAGUGAUUGCUGCACUUGGGAUGGGGUUACUUGUGAUAGGUUCACCGGUCAUGUGAUUGGACUUGACUUAAGUUCUUGUGGACUUAUUGGUCCUAUCAACGACAGUAGCAGCCUCUUCAACCUGCACCAUCUCCAGAAGCUCAAUCUAGCUGACAAUAUUUUCGAUCCAUCCACCAUCUCACCCAAGUUUGGUCAGUUCACCAAAUUGACACAUCUUAACCUUUCUUCAUCCAAUUUCUAUGGCCUAGUUCCAACCGAAAUCUUUCACUUAUCUAAGCUUGUUUUGCUUCACCUUUCUUCUGACUUUGAUUAUCUGAAACUGCGUCAACAAGGUUUUAAAAACCUCUUGCAAAACCUGACAGAACUAAGAUAUCUUCAUCUGGAGAAUGUCGACAUGUCUUCUGUUGCAGUUGGUUCUUUUGUAAACCUGUCUUCUUCUUUGAUAUCUCUGAGUCUUCAGAGUAAUUACAUGCAAGGCAAGUUUCCAAAUGAUCUUUUCCGAUUUCCAUUUCUCCAACUGCUCAGAUUGUCUGACAAUCAAAACAUAACGGUUAAUUUGCCAAAUUUCAACAGGAGCAAUCCUCUUAAAUUAUUGGAUCUCUCUUCCACAAACUUUUCAGGGAAAUUACCCGACACAAUCGGCAAUCUGAUGCACUUGAAUCAUUUGCGUCUAAGUGGAUGCAAAUUCCGAAGGGUCAAUUCCGCCGUCACUUGA